AUGACUUCCAAAUCUCACCGGGUGCACGCCCCUCGUGCUGACAGCAUUGGGACAUCGAACACCACUGCGAAUCUGUUCUUGGGUGGCGUACGGAGGAAUUGGAUGGGGCCGGAGGGCUCGGGUCAGAUAUGCGCGCGACAACUCUCCGACCUUCCUACGCCAGGCUCUGAACCUUCACGUGAGCCCUUGAUGUCCCCUGGUGACACCGUGCCUUUGCCCCGUACCUUCACGGCUGUCAACGGGUUCACCGCGAUCAAUGCAGGAAAACCUACUUCAGCAUUCCCGGGGCCGGGGCCGAGCUCAAAUUCUCAUCCGAGCCUAGUUGCCUCCGACGCGAUCGUGCAGCCCCAGCAAUGGGCCCAAGGAACAGAGGAACCUAUGACAGCACCCCUGCCCGCAGUGGUCGCCAGGUCUCAUUCUAGAACGCAGACCCCUCAGCGUGCUGCAGACCCACAUGGCACAUCGAUGGCAAGAUCUGGUCCUGAUGGACAGCGGGGGAAUGUGCAACGAACGCCCUCAAUCGUACCCUCGAAUGAACAUCGAAAUCAGAACCCUUUCGUGGCUGCUCAAUGGGAGACAAAUUCUCGUGGUCCAUCCGCGACGGACUUGACUGGACAGCAUAGGAAUACGCACCAACCACCCCCGACUCUACCUUUGAACACACCUGUCCAGUCCACACCCUCGACUCAGAGGCCUUUGGCGGGAGGACAGCGGGAUACAAACCGGCAAGAUGAUCCAACGACGGGGGUCACUUUUGAUGCGCCGCAUGGAAAUGAGGAACCCAUGGCAACGGCCUUGUCCUACAACCGAUCUGUCCAGAGCCAGUCCACAACUCAGAGUCCUUUAGGGGAAGCCCGAAUGGAGGCAAAUGGUAAAACCACACAUGGACACCCGCAAGAUGCUGGAUCAUCCACUGCGAGCUUCGAGCCAGCUGACGAUGUGUGGAAAGCCUGGUCGGAACAGUUGGGCGCGCUGUCUUCAGAUCUGAAAAUGCAGCUCAGUGGGACCGUGGGUCUACCGCGAGUUGACCUAUUGCGCCAAGCUAUCGAACUGAAAGAUACUUGUUAUCUAGCGAUACAUCAGUUAUUCUGUCGCUCGAGCAUUGAUCCAACGACACUAGCUUCUAUCGGAGCGUCCGAGGCAGGAUUGCACAUGCUCACCCGUCUCCUAGAAGAUAACGAAACGAUGGACUAUGCAGUCACCUUUGGAUUCUCCCAUUUCCCGGCCUCUCCUCAGACCUUGAUCUCACAACCGUGGUACUCGAAAUCAGUCGCAAAGGUCUUACUCUUCUUACGGCAACUGGGGAAUGAAUGGGAAUUAUUUUACGCCCAGUCCUUGCGUCCGCCUCUGGUGGAUGAACUCUUAGCAAAGUUCUCAUUUGACUCUCCGGUCAUAAUGUCGGUCAUGUUCAUGUGUGUUUCGCGGGGACUCUAUGAAGAGAAGUUUAUCAAGCAACUUGUGCAGUUGUUCUGGAAUGACUGGAGGACAUACACGGGACUUCGGGACAAGCGUAUCACUGAAACCAGCAGGCGGGCUUUGUGUCAACAUUUGACUCGGGAGUAUCUCAAGUAUCCCAAACUUAUCUCAUCCCAGUCACCCCAGAUAACCCAGGCAGCUCAGUCGCCGCAGGUAGCCCAAUCACCGCAGGUAGCUCAGUCGCCGCAGGUAGCUCAGACUCAGUUCCCCCCAUCGCCUCGGAUGUCUUAUUCCCCACAGGUAACGCAGGCCAUGCAGGUCCAUUACCCCAAUGCCCACCAUCCUAGUCCCCAGAUACAGACCACACCACAAACUGUGUCAGUCUCUUCGCCCUCAACUGGAUCUCCAGUCUUGGGCCAAUAUUCCGGCUCAGCCGGCACAGGGCACCAUCAUUCUGGCUCGAAUUUCUCCCCAUCGCAGUUUGAUCCACACGCUGGUCACCGACAGCCGCAGUAUCAGCAGAGGCUGAUGCAUGCAACCCGCUUUGGACAAAGACACCCAUCUCAGGUAUAUCCUCUAAUGGCACAGGGAUCCCAAGUGAGAGGUUCUACACAAAGCCCAGGACAUAACGUUAUGUCUCGAGGUCAAUUCCCCUCGACACAUCCCUCUGUAUCUGCUACGUCCUCACCACACCCCAGUCCUCCCGUCUCUGUGAAUCCCAUUCCUGCCCAGAAUACGCAGCCCCAACAGUCCAGACAACAGCCUGGGCAACAGCGCUUGCCACCGGUUCUCACCGCACCUGCCGAGAGAGAUCCGUGGCCCUACCUACUCCCGCCAUCGAACUACCAAGCACCAAUGACAGUAAAUGCGAUUCCAAUGCGGCUCGGCUUACAUCAGGCGAAUCUUCGCGAUCCCAUCAAAAGGCUGGUGGUAGAUGGACCCGACGGGCAGCAUGUUGAAACUUCACUAUCUUGCUACCUUCACGGCUUUGCUGUAACGCCGACUAUCAUCAAUCCUCAGGUAGUGAAUCACGGGUGGAUGUUCCAUGCACCGGACUCGCUAGUCGAUUCAUUGCCCUACAUAGCCGCACAAGGUCUAGGAGAACGUCCCAUCUGGACUUACAAGUCUGGUUGCCACACUCUCCGUUUACGAUGCAUCCGCCUGCCGGGAAUUCCAACUUCCUGUGAUCAAAAUUGGCAUACCGAAAGCACUUAUUGGCCUAGUGUUAUCUACAUCCACAUCAAUGACGAAGAGAUGUUCGUCCGCCGAAAGGUCUAUAACGGAAAAGACCUUCCUCUAGACAUCUCCGCAAAUGUUCGCCGUGGUCAAAACACCGUGAGGGUCACCCUGCUCCUAGGAGAGGACGAGUGCAAGAAUUCACGAUAUGUCGUCGGCGUGGAAUUACUGAGAGUUAGCGACUUCGAGUCCAUUAAAAACAUGGCAAAGCCCAUCUCACCCGCCGAAUCUAAGGCCUUGAUCCAGAAGCGUAUCAACCCGAUAACAGACGAUGAUGACUUAGCCGUGGUCACGGACAGCCUAACAAUCAGCCUAGUGGACCCCUUUAUGGCGCGCAUAUUCGACAUCCCUGCCCGGUCCACCAACUGCACUCAUAUCGACUGCUUUGACCUGGAGACCUUUAUCAAGACCCGCCUGUUCGAAUGCGACGACAAACCCAUGUUCGAGAACUGGCGUUGUCCCACCUGUAAGAGAGAUGCUCGUCCGCAGUUCCUCGUCAUCGACCAGUUCCUUGCUGAGGUGCACGCAAACCUCACCGCCACUAAUCGCCUCGAGAAUGCACAGGCGAUCCAGUUCAAGGCUGAUGGAUCAUGGACCUUGAUGGAAGUUUCCGAUGAUCCAUCUCAUCACUCUGAUCAGCCCCGCCUGAUCACAAAGCGGAAGGCUAAUUCAAUGACCCCCCAAGGCCCAGUGGCUCAACGUCCGAAGACUGAACUUACUCCCCUAUCUAAGGCUCCUGUGACUGAUCAUACCGUCAUUGAACUGGACUGA